AUGUCACUCAAUAGGAUUAGACGAAAGGUAGCACCACCCAACACGACCAUACGGUACACCAAAGAAGGGUACCCGUACGAGGUGGACAAAGUGACGGGUGAACGUAUCUUUGACGAGGGAUUGGACGCACUCUAUAUGACGGCCAAGGGAGACGUGAACAGCUACAAAUACAGUAAUGUACUCAUCGACGAGUUUGACAAGUUUAUGCCUAAAAAUGAUGGCAAGGGAACCAGCGACAAUCCUCUCAACCUCUCUAGUGAUGAUGAAGAUGACUAUACCAGUCAAUCUUCACCAAUGACUAUUUCCAACAACAACAAGAAUGAAUCGACGUUAUCAUCAUCAUCAACUACUACUACCACUACAACAACAACUGAUAAUAAUAAUAAUAAUAAUGGACAACAAGAUCUUAAUGGUAUUGUUCAGGAUGUUACACCUGUAUGUACAGAUAUUUUGGAUGAUCAAGGUAACAUCAAACUCAAAGCUGGUGGUUUCACAAUCUAUACCAAUCGUAUCAAAAUACUUCAACAUCCAGUACUCUUUAAGACAGAGGCGAUGGAGAUCCCCAUCGACCUGAAAACAAUCCAACCAAACACAUCGAUCAAGAAUGAAAUCACCCUUAUCAUCAACUACUCGGACCUACUUAAAUUCACAUUUAGUUUUCUCAAAGAUAAUGGUACAUUGAUGAUCAAUACAAAAGAAUUCUCAUUCACAAAGUAUUGGUUAAAAGAUCCUAAAACUGUUACGAAUAAAGAAUAUGGUAUCCCAGGAGAUAUAUUAAUCAAGGGUAUUGAUAAAAGACAUUAUUUAUUACUUAAAGAUUUAUUGAUAGAGAAAUCAUGUUGGAUUAAAUUAUUGAUUAAAACAGAGGAGGCUGGAAAGGUGGUUAAUAAUGUUAUAGUCACCUAUCCUCCAAUUAAAGAUAAUCCAAAUAUCAUGGAUAUUGUAAGGAUAACAGAAGAUGAUUUACUAAGAUUAGAAUCAUCAAACUAUUUAAAUGAUAAUUUAAUCGAUUUUUAUAUUAGAUAUAUUAAAAAUCAUUAUGUACAUCCAAGAGAUGAGAAUAGAUUUCAUUUCUUUUCAACUUUUUUCUAUAAUAACUUAUCUUUAAAGAAUAUUGAAGAAGCAUAUAAAAAGAUUUCAAAAUGGACAAGAGAUACUGAUAUUUUCUCAAAAGAUUUCUUAUUUAUACCUAUUAACGAAAAUUUUCAUUGGACAUUAUGUAUAGUUUCAUUUUGUGGACAAGAUCCAAAAACAUCAACCAAUGAAAAUAGACCAUUAAUUAUGCACUUGGAUUCACUGGGUGGAAACAAAAAUGCAUUCCACAACAAGAUUCGAUCCUAUCUGCAAAUGGAAUGGAAAUACAAGAAAUCGAUCCCUUCAAAUGGGACCAUCCCCGAAAGAGAGUUUAAUGCAACCACUCUGCCCGCUGCUCGAGUCUAUAUACCAAAACAAGAUAAUCUCUACGAUUGUGGUGUAUUCUUGUUACACUAUAUCGAAUUGUUUUGUAGAAACCCUGAAACCAACUUUGAACAACCUCUUAAACGUCCCAAAUGGUUCCCUCUCUCUGAUAUUCCAGACAAGAGAAAUACAAUCAAAACUCUCUUACUCUUUUUAAAAGCUGAACAAGAAUUGGAAGAUGAAGAUGAUGAAAAAGAAAAAAAAGAAAAGGAGGGUGAAGAAGAAAAAGAAAAGAUAAAUGGUGAAGAAAAGAAAGGUGAAAAUGUUGACACUGAUGUAGAUAUUACCACUACCACUACUGACAACGAUGAUAAAGAAAAAGAAAAAGAAAAGGAAAAUAACAAUACAACUAUUAAUACUCAACAACAAAAUAAUAAUAAUAAUAAUAAUACCAGUACAGGAAUUGAUCCAAUUAGUCAAAAAGAAUUAGAUUGUUUGGAUAAAGUGGUUGUACUUAUAAAUGAAAAAGAGACAAAAAGAAAAAGACAACCAAGUGGAAUUGAUGUAGAUAAGAUUGAACAAUCCAACAACAAUAACAAUAACACUAAUAAUAUCAAUGACCAACAAAAAAAGAAGAAAAAGGGUGGAGAAGGAGGACCAGAAAUUCACAAUGUAGAUAUAAGUAUUGAAAAUCUGGAUGAUUCAAGAGACAUUGAAGACCAAAAAGAAAAAUCAACCAUAAUGGAUGUUGAUGGUAAUAAUAAUAAUAAUAAUAACAUAGAAGAUCGGGAAAAUGGAAAUGGUAAUGGAAAGGGAAAAGAUAACCACAAAGAAAAAGAUAACAAAAUGGAAAAUGGAGAUUUAGUUGAAGACAAAGAGGUUGACCUUAUAACCGCUCCAGAAAUAACUCCACCAACAACAAAUACAACAACUCCUCCUGCUACAGACAAAGAUAAAGAUAACAAUGACAAUGACGAAUGUACAUAUGAAAACAAGAAUGACAAAAGUAAUAGUAAUGAUCAAAAUACCAAUGUCUCCUCUACUACUAUUUCACCAACAAUCAUAAAGAUGAAUAAACCCAACCAACCAACUAACUAA